AUGGACUUUUGGACGGUCGGUAAGUCGAUUUAGCGAUGAAAAUUCAAGCCCUCUUUAUUUCUUAUCAAAGAAUAAGAUAAAAGGAUAACUUUACUUGGUAUAACGAUACUUUUUACAGAGUAAUUUCGGUAAAAUCCUUCGAAAUUUGAUUUAGAGUAAGUCUAGAUGUUGUGGUAGAAUGCUUUUUGUGAUUGUGGGGUCUAAACAUUAUGUUGUGGUACUUAUUUUACGUCAACGUUGCCAUUUCUCGAUGUCAUCUGUUUCGAAACACCCUUGGGCGCAAGUCGCACCAAUUCUGCCGGAAAUUUUCAUUUCAAAAACCCGAAAAAACCGUCAGCGCUGACGAGAUUUUUAUGCCUCAAUUUUGUUGUCGAUUUUGUGUUAGUUGGAGAAGAAUCGUUGAACUCAGCUCUUGUCUGUUGUUUUGUGCGUUUAGUUGAUCUGCUAUUUUCAGUGGGAACGGCAUCUUCCGUGGCUUCUGCCGUUCUCAGCCACAGCACGGGUCGGAGAACUCCGGGACGGAUUCAAUACAACGUUGUGCAGCGGAUUCCGUGCGCAGAGUGCCAACAGCGACAACAGGAUCUUGUUGAUCAGUAUUUGGCAUCGGUGAGGAUUUAUAUUUCAGUGCUGGCAAGAUUUUGCGGCGACUUUCCACUCCUAGUCGAGUGAACCUCAAGUGUAAUAUAAAUGGAUACUUUUUGUCGCUAGUUGGGUUGAUUAUUUUGAUUCUAAAAAUGUUCCAGGAUUCGUCUAGUCUUCGCAGAGCUCCUCUUUGCGACGAGUGCCGAGAACGCGCAAGAGUUAUGUUCCAACCUGGCCGGCUUCAGACUGGAUGGAUGAGUGGCCAAGAACUCCUUCCAUACCUCGAAAUUGGUGAUCUAAUUGAGUUCCAUCGACAAGCACCUGUCACUUACUGCGUAAUUUUAAUUUAUUUUUUCUCUUCUCUUUAGGAUGCUUCCCUUGACUUUCAACUUUUAAAAACAUGUUCAAUUCACAUGUUCUUCGAAUCUUUAAAGGAUCAAUUUCAGCACUGGGCAGUCUACACUGGUUUGGACGAUGGCAUAAAAGUGGUUUGCCAUUUUGCAAAUGAAGGAGAUGACAUUGCAAGUGGGAAAGGUGAACUGAAGGGAAAACUUCUCUCAGGUUCGUCGGAUGCCCACGUCCGUGUUGAUCCGUUCCUAAAUGUCGCUGGCGAUUCCUUAGUUCGUAUAAACAAUAUUUUGGACAAUGAAUUUACUCCAUUCCCACCAAUGAUUGUGAAGGAGCGUUGUGAACAUAAGGUAAGAUGAUUUACAUGAUAUUUGGUCGAAAUUUAGGUCAAUAAGAGUUGAUUGUGGUAAUGAAAUGUGAUAAAUGAUGCGAGACUAAUUUUUUUCGUUCCAGAUGGGCAACCGCGGAUACAACCUUAUUUUCAACAACUGUGAGCAAUUUGCCAAAUGGUCCAGGUAUGGAUGCGCCGAUAGUGAUCAGGUAAAAUUUUACUGUAAAUUUUUGGUCUUUAGGAGAUUAAAUUCAAUACUCAAAGUUCUGAUCCCCAAUUAUUUUUCCGUUUCAGUCCAACAAAGUUGUCUCCGUGAUCAUUGGAGGAACUGCACUGUGCAUGGGCGCGUCUGUUGGAGGAGCUUUGGCCGUCGGCGGACUCGUCUACACGGGAAUUCGUGCUGCCAGAACCGCUCUCAACAAUAUGGAGGAUCGAAAUAUUAUCUAA